GCCAGGGCCGCGGCCGGCGGGAGGUGUCGUGCGGCCGCUCCGCUCGGGGCCGGCGCGGCGGACGGCGGCGGCGGGUCUGCUCUUAAGACAUUUUAGCCAUGACUAAGAGAGAGGCAGAGGAGCUGAUAGAAAUAGAAAUCGAUGGAACUGAGAAACAGGAAUGCACUGAAGAAAGCAUCGUUGAGCAAACCUACACCACAGCAGAAUUUGUGAGUCAAGCUAUUGACAUCAAUGAACCAAUUGGAAAUCUUAAGAAGUUGCUGGAACCCAGACUGCAGUGUUCCUUGGAUGCACAUGAAAUUUGCCUGCAAGAUAUCCAGCUGGACCCAGAUCGAAGCCUUUUUGAUCAAGGAGUAAAAACAGAUGGAACAGUGCAACUCAGUGUGCAAGUAAUAUCUAGGCAAGGGAUAGAGCCCAAGUUAAACAUCCUUGAAAUUGUGAAGCCUGUGGAAACUGUGGAGGUAGUGAUUGAUCCAGAUGCUCAUCAUGCAGAGGCUGAAGCUCACCUUGUUGAGGAAGCUCAAGUGAUAACCUUGGAUGGAACAAAACAUAUUACAACAAUUUCAGAUGAAACCUCUGAACAAGUGACACGAUGGGCUGCAGCGUUGGAAGGCUACCGAAAGGAGCAGGAACGCCUUGGAAUACCCUAUGACCCAGUGCAGUGGUCGACAGACCAGGUGCUCCACUGGGUGGUGUGGGUGAUGAAGGAGUUCAGCAUGACUGACAUUGACCUCAAUGCGCUCAGCAUUCCUGGGCGGGAGCUCUGCAGCCUCAGUCAAGAAGACUUCUUCCAGCGCGUCCCACGGGGAGAAAUCCUCUGGAGCCAUUUGGAGCUUCUUCGAAAGUAUGUGUUGGCUAGCCAAGAACACUCUGGAGAAAUAGCAACUGUUACUAUUGAUCAGCCUGUGCAGAUUAUUCCAGCGUCUGUACAGCCUGCUACCCCAACCACCAUUAAAGUAAUCAACAGCAGUGCAAAGGCAGCUAAAGUACAGAGAGCUCCAAGGAUCUCUGGGGAAGACAGAAGUUCCCCUGGGAACAGAACAGGAAACAAUGGCCAGAUCCAGUUGUGGCAGUUUUUAUUAGAACUUCUCACUGACAAAGAUGCUCGGGACUGUAUUUCUUGGGUUGGUGAUGAAGGAGAGUUUAAAUUGAAUCAACCUGAACUGGUUGCACAAAAAUGGGGACAGCGCAAAAACAAACCCACGAUGAACUAUGAGAAGCUUAGUCGGGCUUUGAGGUAUUACUAUGACGGAGACAUGAUCUGCAAAGUGCAAGGCAAGAGGUUUGUGUACAAAUUUGUCUGCGACUUGAAAACUCUCAUUGGAUACAGCGCAGCAGAGUUGAAUCGGUUGGUCACAGAGUGUGAGCAGAAGAAACUAGCCAAGAUGCAGCUCCAUGGCAUUGCACAGCCAGUUACAGCAGUGGCGCUAGCUACAGCAUCCCUGCAAACAGAGAAAGAUAAUUAAGCACUAGGACCUGAAAGUGGGAGCGUGAGGCCUUUCCUAUAUAACCAGAGCAGUUGCUGCUCUUACCUUUAUCAGAAAUGGAAACUUCUUUUGUUUCUUGACAGUACAAUAUAGAGCAUGAUUUUCUAUAAAGAACUGGGACUCGCAUAAAUUUGGAUCUUUUAACAGCAUAUAUUUCAAUAUAAAUUAAGGGAUCACCACAACUUCUGCAACUUUGAGUCAGGGCCUCUAUGGUGUGCAAUCUGAAAUUGGUGAGAAAGGUUGAACUGGUCAGCGCUCUGUGUCCACACCUGUACAAAGUAAUUUUUGCAGCGCUUUUAACAAAAAUGAAGUACCUACAGCAAGCAGGCUGAUCAGUUGGCUGAACUCAGUCCUUUGCAGUCUCUUGUCCUCUGCUGAACUACCAAAUGGCAUUUGAUGCUUUCAAAGUUAAACACGUUCAUUAUUCUCAUUUAAUCAAGCAGAGCCGAAAGACACAUUAAAUGUUACAAAGCAUCAGGUUCUUAAAAUAGCUUCUGUGUUCAUAAGCAAAGGAAACUAAGACUAGACCGAACUGAAGAUCAGUGCUGAAGAAGGAGAUCCAAGUUUAGAUCUGGCUUAGGUGAAAAGCCAAUUAUGAGUGUUUCAUUGUAAUAUGUCGAUAAUAUGCAUAUAUGAGGGCAAGUACUUACCUGUUUUGAAAGACAUUGUUAAUGCUAGCCAUUUAGCAAAAAGCGAAGAUAAACUUCUUCCUCCACUACUGCCCCCCAUCAGGUGAUUUGAAAACUUGAAAAAAUAGCCCUCACCCAAAGAGUAGUUUGUUUUGGUGGGGGGGUUUAAUGCUCUGAUCUGCAAGGUGUUCAUACCUGCACGGUAGUCACCCUUAGUAACUGAAGACUUAAGUUAAUCACAGUCAGUAGUCCCUGUUUAGAAACAAAAUGCAAGUUGAAAAUAGUUUUACAGAGAACUGAAGUUUGAUUUCCAAAUUAUUGUACAGUCUGACAUGUUAAAAUACAAAGAUGUAUUUUUUAUUUAAAAUUAAUUUCUUUCUGAACUUCAAGUGAUCUUUUUGAAGCAUCAGAAGCCAAAUGCAUGCUCCAGAGCUGGGUGCAAUUUGAGGUCUGGAUGAUGAAUAGAAAUAAUUGGAACGUGUCCUGAAUUCUGAGCUACGGAGAGUACUUCAUGCAAACUUAUACGUGCAGUAAAAAGUUGGCUGCAACUUUUGAGCUUCUGUACUGAUGCCUAUUAGACGAUUUCUUUUGAUGGCUGAAAAUGGUGCAAUUUUGGUUUUGCUUUUGUCCCUUCGUGUUAUUAAACAGUAUAUUAUGUCACCAUG